AUGUCGCUAGGCGAGCCACCUGUCUGGACUCCCCCAACCGAGGACAGGCAACUCCAAGCCGACUGUGGCAAGUAUUUACGUGACCCAAAUGCUGCUAGAUAUCCUGCCUAUCCAUGGGAGGCGGCCUUUACAGCGAUCGAAAAGCAGUAUCCCGAAUAUGAUCUCGCCAACACAGAUAUUGUGACCUGCUCCAGUACUUUGAGCAAUCUCAAACGUUUUGCUCGAGGGGUCGACAAAAGCUUCAGGUUUGUCCUAGAAACGGUGGGCGACACCGUUUUUUUCAUUAGACGGGAGAACUCGCCAACCAACUUGAUACCUGAUAUUCGGGGGUACGGGCACACAUUCCUAGACGAAUACACAAUUUGGAGGCCUGGUCUUGCCGGUUCAGAGUCCCAUCAACGAAUCAUUCAUCUGGUAAGUAAGCUCGGAGAAGACCACACUCCGGAACCAGCUCAAAGCUCCGGAGAUUUGAAGUUUCGCGAAGGAGGACGGUCGAUCUCCCAGAGCACUAUCAUUGACAUCAAGACACGCUCAAUGUUUGACUUCCAGACCCGCACUGUGAGGAAAGAGAUCGAUAUGACAGAUCUAACUCCUCGCCUCUGGGUGUCACAGAUCCCAACUCUGGUCGUGGCGUAUCACGACUGGGGUUUGUUCACUGACAUUCGGGUGCAAGACAUGCGAGAACAAAUCACACAAUGGGAGCGAGACAAGCAAGAGCUACUGAAGCGGCUGGCAUGGGUUCUUCAUGAGCUUGUGCAGUAUGCAAAAAGCUCAAUGACUCGGCUCGAAGUGUGCCGAACGGAUUCCGGGCCUCUUCAGAUCCGUCGAGUGAUUGGAGACGCUCCGGUAGCUUUGUCUCCCGGAUUGAAGGCCCGGUGGACUGAAGAGGACGACCUAGAGUCUUCGGGUGAUGAAAGCUUUUCCUCGCACGAUGACAGUUUUUCUGGCACACAUGGUGAUGCGCAUCUGUCAGAGCGUCGAUUCAACCAUGAUUUAGAGGACUAUACAGCAUCCUCUUCGGAAUAG